AUGAGGAUAGUAACAAAUGUUUGCGACCCAAUCCGGGACCACUGUCUAAUGCAGGUCACCAUCCAUGACUAACUCGGACGUUGCUAGGGUCUUCUAUCAUUGCUCCACCCUUUUCAGCUAUAACAUGUGGUAUACUUGAUGAACUUGGGCUAAGGUGGGGAGGUCUAGAUGAUACGCCACUAACCCAAUGUAAUGAAGGACUUUGAACGAACGAUAGAAGCAAAGAGCAAGCUUCACAUAGGUCCAUCAUGUGAUUCUAGUGUGGCAAUAGAGUCGUUGGCGAAGGUAGAUUCACUUGCCUACUUGGAUACUUGAUUUCCCUUCCUUUGUGGUUUGUAAAUUGCUUCAUUUGAGCUUGAGUUCAUUCCAAAUCUUGUUUGAGCAAUGUGAGGAUCUCAUCAAGUCCCUACAGCUUGUGCUUCAUAUCUACCGACAUCAUGGGUUUGCUAAUGAAAUGGAUCAAAGUUGACAAAGAUCGUCCAUAAACCUCUUGAAAUAAGGUCACAAUCAUAGUAUAUCUCAGAUGCUAGUCCACAAUUGACCACCUUUGACUAGCCACAUGCUAGUCUACUUAAGCGUUGUCUGUUGUUAAUGAAAAAGGGCUUACUAAAAGGAGCUUAUGAAGGUUCAAUCUUGAUCAAUAAGGAUGGAUGUCAGAAAUUUAUACAACUAGAUGAUAUGUCAGAUGACGACUUUUACUACUGUCUAGAUUGUAAAUAGAUGAUGAAGCGCAAAAACAUGGGCAUACUUACUAAGUCAGUCAACAAUGAUCAAGAUAGCAUUCCAACUAUGAGAGACUAGUAACCCUUCGAUGAAGUCUAUUGUCAAGCUUUCUCAUAUGCAGUUGAAAAUUAUAAAUUAGUAGUUGUAUCUAUGCAUUCAUAUCUUAUAUAUAGAUGCUAAUUAAUGAGUAAAUAAUACUAUUAUAUAUGUGUUACCAACUCAUUAUGACAUUUAUAAUAUUUUAUCAUUUAAGUCCUUGUGCAUAUUAUUUUAAUUAUUUUAUUUAUAUUAUAAGACUAACCCCACUUUUAUGAAGUCAAGUGGUGAUUCUCUCACAUUUUCUUGAUAAUUAUUUAAUUGCAAAGACUUAGGUGAGUUGUUAAUAUGAGUUGGAAGUAAUAGAAAAAGCCCAAGCCUUCAACCCAAUGAAAAGUUUAAAUUUUAUGAAGAGGGCCGGCCUAAUAUGUUUAUGGGCUCAAAAGAGGGCAUCACUUUGGCCUAAUCCAUUUGGACUUAAAAGGACUAUCGAGAGAUAAGAUCUAAGCUCUCCAUCUUAGGGCGCUUUAAGAUGAGAUUAAGAGAAGGAUUAGAACGCCACCCUCAUUGAAUGAUUUGGACCAUCCACCAAGAGAGUCGAUUAUUAAUCAUAACCGUCCAUUAGAGGGGCCUAACUUUCGAAAGGAUUAAGGCAUUUUGCCUCCCUCUUGAAAGGCACUUUUGGCUCUCUCUCUAGUAGUGGCUAGCCGAAAGAAACAUGAGGGAAAUCAAGACAUGAUCAAUGGCAUUCUUGUGCCCAAGAACAUCGUGGAGAAGAGAUUACUUGGAGCACAUCAAGAUCAUCACAGAUUGAACAUCACUCAGCCUAGGACUAGCGCACAACAAGGUUUGUGUAAGAUCUAGAUUUGGGUGUUCUUAUAAUCUUUUCUAUGGAUAGAUUAACUUUUAAUUCAAACAAGUUUUAUCAUUUAUUCCAUCAUUCUAUUGCGUUAGAUCCAUUCUCUCCCAUUUGUAACACUUUUCACAACUAUUGUCUUUACUUUUUUACAUUUAAUUCUGCCUUUCACAAUCUCACACACUUAUAUAUAUAUAUAUAUAUAUAUAUAUAUAUAUAUAAGAAAUAAAGUAAGUAGAAUUUGUACUCUCAUUACCCACGCUCUCUAAAAAUCGACCCUUAUCCUAAGUAGAAGAGUGAGAUUUUAUAAAUAUUAUUUACAUGAACUUGGUUGCAUCAUGACGAUAUAUUUAACCUCCAAUUCGAGUUCAUCAAGCUGACGUCAUUGAUGGGGAACUAGGUGUCAUUGAGAGAAUUAAAUUUUUCCUUUAGUUUUCUUUCAUCUUCUCUUUAUUUUUCUGUCAUUUUUUCUUUCUUCAACGAACAGUUUUUUGAGCCAUUGAUUGAGAAUUUUUCAAGAAAAAUAUCACUUUUCAAUUAUACAAUUUCGUGAGAUUUUUCUUUUCUAUAGCCUCUCUUUUAUUACAGAAAUUCAUCAAAGGAGGCUUUCAAAAGGUAUAUCUCUUACUUGA